CCCCCAUACAAAAGUUCAGUCUUUAGCUCUGCUAUCAAGAAGUUGCUGCAAAAAAUGGCUGAUGGCAAAAUGACUCCGCCAGUUUUCUUUCCGGUCACGGCGAUCCACCAGAUACUCUGCCUUCCUAAAGCGGCAGAGUCCUCCUCACUGAUUCCAUUCUCUGCUGUUGCCCCUGCUCAGUUUCUCACCGUGUCUAGGCUCCAUAUCCACAUCACCCUCGAAACCAUUCAAGAAGAAGAGAACGAAGAGGAGAGUGGGAAGUUUUUGCCCCAGGACUCGUCGUCGGUGACACCAUUCUUGUCCCCAUGUUUCUUAGAAGUGUAGAAAGCACCCUUGUCAUCUUACAGCCAGAUGGCCUGACUUCCAUGUAAUUGUAAUUAAUUCUCUCGUAUGUGUAACCCAUGAAAUGUCCUUUUAUAUGAAUCAAGGUUUAUGUUUAGUAGAAAUUUUGUCCUCUUGGGCGAAAAUUGGUAGGAUUUGUUAAAGAUAAGGAUUAUCAGAAUGAAAAACAGAUAGUUCU